CACUUGGCAAUCUGUUUGUUUGAGACUGCACUGGUUUUGGCCAGUUCUGCGCAUUCGCUCCGACUCUCUUUCGGCUGCUGAUACUGUAUAUGCCAUGACUAGCAUACUAUUAGCUGCUUCCUUGCUGGGGUCGCGAUCGCUAGCAGGCACGCUUGGAGCACGAUGCUCAGCUCUCGCGGGAGCGUCGCUGCAGGCGAGUAGCAGCGUGCCGCUACAGUCAGCGUUCGGAUCAGCACCUAGCUGCGUGCGGUCGAUGCACGCAUCGGUAUCCGGCUCGCUCGACACGGCUCCAUCAUCAAGCAGUGGCACAGCCCUGGCCACCGCCUCGACCUCCAGCGCCCCCCUAGACCUGCGCGAGCAGCGCCACCUGUACCUGGACGGCACGCGGACCGCGGACCCCGGGGAACCCCGCUACACGGCGCCGUACUGGGUGCCGCCGUCGGCGCGCGCCGGCAUCCCCAACAUCCUGUUCUCGGAGCCCUGGCCAUCGCACGAGGAACCGCAGCUCCGGCGCCAGCACGCCGCGAUGUGCCUGGAGGCGCUGAAGCGCGCCGACCGGCCGCUCACCGCCGAGCAGGUCCACGAAGCCGUCAACUCUACCGCUGGGUAUAGCGCUAGCGCAAGCGCGGGCGACGCCGGCGACAGCGGGGCUGGGGCCGACAAGCCCGUGCUGUCCACUCUGGCGUACACCAAGAAGCUGCUGGAGCACCUGCGCCGGACACGGUUCGUGUACGGCCGAAAGAACCCCGACUCCAUGCUGUCGCCCGGCCACCCCGACCACCCACGCCUGUACGAGGCGCUGCCGUUCCAGGCGGCGCGGUACGGCAAGCCGGAGACGCUGGCGGCGGCAGACGAGGCGGCGCGGGCGGCGGCCAUUGCCAAAGCGCAGAAGCGGCUUCGGAACGGCAAGGCGCCGUACCCGCAGCACCGCAGGCGCGCGCGCUUCAGCAUCUGGCAGCAUGAGCUGGCGCAGGAGGCGCUGCGGGAGCUGCAGGCCAAGUGAUUGGACGGGGCAGGGGCGCCGAAGGCCAAUGUGGGCACUGGGCGUGGGUUUGCCUGGGUAUGCUAGGCGCGGCGCUGGAGCAGCACGUGUGGGUUAGGGCAGCACCCGUGCAACCCUGGGGCAUGCCGCCCCUGGUCUUGUAGUCCUGCUGUGUACUGCUGGGGUAAGACAGCUGUUGUCAAAGGUCUACGGUGCAGAGCUGUUCACCUGUGACGACGGUGACAUUGGAGCUCGCGGACGAGGAUGGAUGCGCACAGGGGCUGUCUUCUUCGUGAAGUAGGGUUGAGAGGUACAGAUAUUCGCGAAACGCCGCUGUUACAAGGAUCUGCAGGGGCAAUAGAGACGUGUGUACAACUAUGCGUGUAAUACUACUAGUUU